AUGUCACAGGCGAAAACUCCAAAAUGCUCCCCCUGUGUGCGGGCUAAUGUUGCCUGUGAAUAUUCGACGAGCGAGCAUCAGAUCCGACGGCGAAAUCUACAAAAGCUUGAGCGGCGAAUUCAGCAUUUGGAGCUAGAGAACGCGUCUCUAUCCUCGCAGCUGCGGCAAAAUGGUUCAUUGUGCCGUGAAGAUCCCACCUCAGCGACCCCUAUCCAGGAACAUACGACGCCCCUGGGACCAUUGCAAGCCACGCCUACUCUUGGAUCAGGCAAUGGGGCGGUGACAGAGCAGGUGAUGCACAUGUCUUUGAUAGCUGGAGGGAGCGAUCACUUUGUCGGCUCAGCUAGCGGGAUCCUUCUCGCAAACCUGCUUCAAACUUGUCAAGAGCCCGGUUCUGCAGCGCAACCCAGGCGGAACUGGAACACUAAUCCUUCGCAAGGCAUACCGUCACCAGAAGUAUUGCCAGCACGACCACCAAAGAAUCUGGCACGGAACCUGAUCCAGGCAUACUGUAACCAUGAUUAUCUCUGCUACCCGUUUUCCUCGCUCGAAAAGCUGCAGCAGUCGUUCGACACUGUAUACAGCCCUACGGCUCAAAGUACGGCAUCUGACGAAUUCAUUGUCGACAUCGUCUUAGCGAUUGGCACGGCUCAAGUCCACAAAUACAAUUGGAGUGGGGUGUAUGAUGCCGAGAUUCACUAUAAUCGUGCCAUGAUGAAGCUCGAAGACGUCAUGGCACAGGGGGGAAUUGUGCGUCUUCAAGCAUUACUCUUUGUUUGCCAGUACCGCAUGGGUUCCACGUCCAGGAAUACCACUGCAAGUGUUUGGCAUCUCAUUGGGGUGGCUGCUCGAAUGUGCUCAGAGAUGGGCUUGCACCGCGCAAUGACAUAUGCGCAGCCUGAAAGCGCUCAUCAAAGUCACAACAUGCAGGCUCAACAAGCAGAGUCUAUGGUGAUGAAACAAAGGUGCUUCUGGAGCCUUGUCGCAUUAGAUAGGGUAGCGAGCAUCGCCCUGGGAAGACCUCUCGCUAUCCAACUAGAGGACAUUGACGUAGAUUUGCCAGAUAUCUCGAACUCCGGGUUGCUUCAAAAUUAUCCAACCCCGGCCUCGCCUCUCGAUACCCCUGAUCAUCUGGAGAGCACUGCAGUCUUCAUUCAUAUAGUUAAAUACCGCCUCAUCUGUGGCAAAAUACUCAAUGCGCUCUAUCGGAGCCCUAAGAGAGCCCAACUAAACAAUUCUAGUUUCGAGCACAGCCGGCAGAAUUUGAACGAAGAGCUGGACGGCUGGAAUGCCGAUGCUGCCCAUCUCCCGCUGGCGGAGUUGGAUGCCCGGGGGAACAGUAGCUGUUUCAAGACAUCCAGUUUCAAAUCGGGUGAAUGGUACAGCUUGUUGUAUCACAAUGCGAUCCUGAUGCUCUAUCGACCUUCGCCUUGUCUCUGCGAUGCCUCUACGAACAGUCUUAGUCUGCAGCGAAUAUUUGAUUCCUCCCGCGAAUCAAUUCAUCUUUAUGCGAGUCUGCAUAGGUCAAAGAAGUUGAACUACUCAUGGAUCACGAUGCAUUCAGUCUUCAACGCUGGGUUGUCUUACAUUUACGCCUUGCGAAAUCAUAUACAAGCAGUGCAGUCUUCGGUAAUGCAAAGUAGGCCAGGCGCUCGGCUGAAUCCAGAUCCAACGAGCAGCCAGGUGGUGAAUGACACUCGAUCAUGCUCCAAGGUCCUGGUAGCCGUCGCUGAGCGGUGGGAUGCUGCCAAGGACUGCUCCGACCUUUUUGAUAGAUUGAGCGAUGCCGUGUUAUCUGAUAUUUUCGAGGCAUCUCGGAUACCUCCUCCCAUCGCACAACAUGUAGAGACGGAUGAUUCCACCUCCUCGCUGGUCAGAAGUGCGACAACGGAGACUACGAGUCCUUCCUUGCAGCUGCCGGCAAACUACUACGAUGUAGAUACCAACACGCAAUAUGCUCAUAUUCAAGUUGAUGAUACGUUCAGGGAUUGCUUUGGUGAUUUGCGAGACAUGGCUCUCGACGAAUAUCACAACGAUGCCCUCUCACAGCUGUCUCAGGAAUGGUUUCUAGGACUUGGGGACAAUUUUCUGCCGACGGGUAUCGAGACGGCGAAUAUCGAGAGAUGA